CCCGCUCCCCGCCCAGGCCAGGCGUGUGUGUGUCGUGUGUGUUUGGGGCCCGCGCGAGUUGCGCGCCCUCCGCCUUGGCUCUCGCUGCCCCGAGGUCCGGCUGCCGCCCUGCGCCCCGAGACCCGCCGUGCGUCGCGGGCCAACAUGGGCCAGGAAGAGGAGCUGCUGAGGAUUGCCAAAAAACUGGAGAAGAUGGUGACCAGGAAGAACACGGAAGGAGCUCUCCACCUUCUGAAGAAGCUGAACAGCUGUCAGAUGUCCAUCCAGCUGCUACAGACAACCAGGAUUGGCGUUGCCGUUAAUGGGGUUCGAAAGCACUGCUCAGACAAGGAGGUGGUGUCCUUGGCCAAAGUCCUCAUCAAAAACUGGAAGAGGCUGCUGGAAUCCCCCAGAACCCCCAAAGGAGAAAAAGGAGAAGAAAGAGAAAAAGUGAAAAAGAAGAAGGAAAAAGGGUUUGACUGCUCUGAUUGGAAGCCAGAAGCAGGCCUUUCCCCACCAAGGAAGAAACGAGGGGAAGAGCCCAAAAGCAGGUAUGCUUUUCUGGCUGGAGAGAAGGGGCUGGUACUUGUUACAUUCACUGCCAGCAGCUGCUCUGUCUGUUAUUCCACUGGAGCCUCUCAGACUGGGGAGGUGGGUGUCACUGUCUUCUGCAGCGCUCCCACUUGGGGGUCUUUGGCUCCAGCUGACAUUCUCACAAGACCCAUGUACUGUACACCGAACAUAUCAGACUUCUUUCUUGUCAGUAUUCCCUAAACAAUACUGUAUAAAUAAACUGUACGUGGCUCUAGUAGGAGUUCCAGCAGGGUGACCCCAGACAUUGCCUUAGAGAGCCACCAGAGACCCCAUAGGCAUCCAGGGCUGUUCUCUGGUCCACCCAGGUCACAGCCCAGGUACAGGGAAACAAGACCACAAUUGGCAGGAAAAUGCUGAUUUAGAAACUCCAUGUCCCAAAUAUUGACAGCCUCUAGACACAGCUUCCAGGUCCAGCAAGGGAAAUUCCCACUGACGACAUCCAGUCCUCUCAAGGCAGCCCGCAAGGUGUGGUAGUCCACUGACAAUCUGUAGUUCAUUCAUGGCCUUUCCUGUCUAGACACUCCUUACCAAUCUGGUCACUUGUGCUAGAAGCAAUGUUGCCUGGUAACUCAGCCCACAUUCCACUUUUGCCAGGCCUGCAGGGCCAGUGGGACUAGGAACUUACUUGUCCAUUGAGAAGGAAGAGUGGUUAAGUGUUUACUCAGCAUUUCCAUUUGACUACUAGGAAGCUGAAGGUCAGGGGAGCAGGGACUUUUCCAGGAUCACACAGCUAUUUUAAGUGAUCAAGUAGGAUUCAAAUCUUUAUCUGUCCAGCCUCCAUCCACUUCGGAGAGGGCAGAACAUUUUGUUUCAACUCCAUGGUUUUUUCCCUUGGCCUGCCCUAGCCAAACUGUGAGUCUUGGAUAGAGCUCAAAUGCCAUAUCCAUCACAGAUUAAAGCCUUCAUUGAUGUAGAAGUAGAAUUUGGGAGGUUGAAGCAGGAAUUAGAGGCCAGC